AUGGCGUCCAAGCCGUUUGUGCCCGUCCUCGUGGCGAUGAUGCUGCUCACGGGUGUGUGCAACACGCUCCUGACCAAGUACCAGGACAACCAGUGCGUGCGCAACUGCGACGACCCCGACCCGAAGAAGCAUGUUCUUUUUGAGCAGCCGGUGCUGCAGACGGCGCAGAUGUUUGUGGGUGAGAUGGGCUGCUGGCUCGUGAUCGGGCUGAUCUCGCUGUACCGGCGCUAUGUGGACGGCGGGUUGGCGGCGACGGCGGAAGACGGGUACGAGCCAGUGCAGACGGCGGACGAAGGUGCUGCCGACGACAGCGCCAGCAUCCACUCGACGACGGCGCUGAAUGGCAGCAAGCCGGCAGUACGGACGGUAGGCGAGCUGCGCGGUUUCGCGCUCCUGCUGCUGUCGCUUCCAUCGAUCUGCGAUAUCCUAGGCACGACGCUGAUGAACGCCGGACUGCUGCUGGUGGCGGCGUCGAUCUACCAGAUGACACGGGGCGCGCUGGUGCUAUUUGUCGGCCUGUUCAGCGUGCUGUUCCUGCAGCGACACCUGCACCUGUACCAGUGGCUUUCGCUGGCGGGCGUGGUGACGGGCGUUGCCGUGGUCGGACUUGCAGGCGCCAUCUCGGCCGACACGUCGACCGACGCUGAGAGCGGUUCAACGAUGACAACCGCGGCGGUGGCCGACUCCGGCACAGAGGCACUGCGGGUGAUCACCGGGGUGCUGCUCAUUGCGGGUGCACAGAUCUUCACGGCGACGCAGUUUGUGCUGGAGGAGUGGAUCUUGGAGCGGUCCACGGUGGCGCCGCUCAGCAUGGUCGGCUGGGAGGGCCUUUUUGGACUGUCGGCCACAGUGUUGGGCAUGGUGGUCCUGCAUCUGACGGUGGGCCGCACCGAGGCCGGCCGGCUGGGCUACUUUGACAUGGUGGCGGGCUGGCAGCAGAUGACGGCAGACCCGCGGAUCCUGAUGUCGAGCGUACUGAUCAUGGUGAGCAUUGGCGGCUUCAACUUCUUCGGCCUGUCGGUGACGCAGUCGGUUAGCGCGACGUCGCGGUCGACCAUCGACACGUGCCGGACACUGUUCAUCUGGCUGGUGUCGCUCAGUCUUGGCUGGGAGACGUUCAAGGGCCUGCAGGUGAUGGGCUUCGUGCUGCUAGUUUACUUUACCUUUACGUUCAACGGGAUCGUAGAGAUGCCGGGACGGAUGCUCAAGCCGCCGCGGCCGAUCGAGGAACUGCUGCCAGAGGAGCCGGUGGAGCACAUGUAG